AUGGCUAAAGCUGACAUCAAACCAAAAUCUAUACAUCAUGCCAAAAAAUGGUCAGAUGAUGUAGAGAACUUAUACAGAUUUCAGCAGGCUGGAUACAGAGAUGAGGUUGAAUAUAAACAAGUAAAACAAGUUGAUAUGGUAGAGUGUUGGCCAGAAACUGGAUUUGUUAAGAAACUUCAGAGAAGGGAUAAUACAUUCUAUUAUUACGAUAAACAAAGAGAAUGCGAAGACAAAGAAGUCCAUAAAGUGAAAGUUUAUGUGUAUUAG